AUGGAGGUGAAGAGACUGCUCUUCUGGAUCCUCCUACUCAGGUCUCCGCUUUACCCAAAGAUGCAUCUGGUGCAUAUUCUGCCUGACCAUUUCCAUCUUGGGCCUGAUGCUUAUGAAAUUCUUUGGAAGCUUACCAUGAUUACUGCCUCCUUGGGAAUUUCUGCAUUUGUUGUUUUCUUCUGGAGGACUAUCCUUGCUGUAAAGCCCCCAGUAUAUCAAGUUACCUUGCAGCAAAUAUCAGCGAAAAUCAAUAAUUUUGUGAAGGAAAACAGACAACUUGCAGAAAAUAUAUCCAUUAUGGAACAGAAGAUCAUUGACUCAAAGAAACGUCUUCAAGAAACUAGGAGACAAAAUAAGAUGCUCUCUCAUGAAGCACUAAAAUUUAAGGAUAACAUCAAAACAAUUGAGAGGGCUAAUGAAUAUCUGAAUGACCUCCUUCAAAGUUCUCAUGCAAGGUUGCAGUCUGUGAGGGGUCAGAACGUCAAGACACCCAACUUGAUACAGGAAAAAGAAAAUUCUGCAGAGAACAUGAAAGAUGCUCUUUUAGUGAACACCUCAGCAAUUUCAGAGUUUGAAAGUGCCUUUAAUGAAGCUUGUGUCAAGGAAGUGGAAGUGAAACCUGAAGAACUGCGUGAACAGAAUAUUCAGCUCAACACUGAGAAGAAUCAGUUACAAGAUGCCAGUGCUGAAUUUGAGGAUUCAGAGCUGAGAGCCUUGAGAAACAAAAACUGUGAACUUGUAGAAGGUGAAAAGAACCUGAAAGACAUCUGUGAUGCACUGAGGUCUGUGAAAGCAGAGAAGGAAGUGGAAUUAAAAAUGCUGAAGAGAAAUGAAGCCUUCCUUAUUGGAUUCUAUGAGCAAAGAAAAAUGGCUGCAGAAGAGAAACUGAAAAAGACACAAUGUGAGUGGAUGGAAAGGGAGAAUCAGCUGUCCGCUGCAGAGGAAAAUUUGAAAGUAGUUUCAGGAGAAGCACACAAUUACAAGCAGCAAAUUGAACGAAUGCAAGAAGAACUGCAGCAGGAGGAGUUCAGCUUCAGACACCAGAUUUCUCUUCUUGAGAAGAAGGCUCAGGAGAACCGGAUCAAGGGUCGGAUUUUGGAGAGAGAGAUGGCAGAGCAGAGCAGGGAAGCCGCGUACUUGAGACACAGAUUGGCAAUCAUUGAAAAACAGGGACUGCAAGAGAAAUAUGGGGUGCUGAAACCGGUGCUGGGAAGACCUGGGAUGCAGAGACCCCCCGGGAGAGAUCCAGGACCUGACGUGGCUCCCAUGAGAAACAGCAGUUAUUUCCCUACGAAUGAUGUACAAAAGGGCCAGGUCAGUAUGGAUGCAAGAGGGCCCCUUCCUUUCCCAGGACCACCCUGCAUGCCCUACCCCAUGGGCUGCCCUUUAUCACCACUCAAGGGCUGUGGGCCUCUUCCACCUCCUCCACCCUGGCGUCCUCUGGGACCCCACCCAGUGCCUCCACAUCUUCCAGAUGGUAAGAUGAUCUGA